GAUGAGAACAAGAAAGAUGUAACAUAUGUCAUAAUAAAACCUGAGAAUAUUAACAAUGUAAACCUUCCUGAAGGGGCAACUAUUUAUGAAAAAACGGUAAAGAUUUGUCCUGAGUUUAAAAUUUCACAGAGUUCCAAUGAAAAAGUUUGUUUAAAACAAGUCCUUUCUUAACGAUGUUGUUCUUAGCUUUUAAAAACAUGUUUUAAAUGAUUCUGAUGCAAAUUUAAGACAUUAAUGUGUGUUAUAUCAAAUAUAAGAAAAAAUAACCAGAUCAGCAUGCAUCAUUGAGUUUAUAUUUCGUGUAAAAUAAAACUUUUUUUUUUUUUAAAUAUUAACAGCCUCUUAAUUCUGGUGAGGACUUGAACCCAAGACAAGGACCUUUGUUUGUUUUGACAAAUCCUGAUGUUAAAGUGAUAGUUCAGGUCUGCGCAGGUAAACAAAACAACUCACUUAAGUUAAAAUGAUUAUGAAUUUGUGUAACUAUUAUGUAUUUAAAAAAUGGAAAAUUUGGAACUGGUGUAAAAUAAUUCUCAAUGACAAAAAAUCAAUAUUUAAAUUCCUUUAUAGGAACACCAGCAUCACCAAGCACACCAGCUUCUCCAAGCACACCUGGAUCACCCAGCACAUCUGAGUCUCCAAGUUCUCCUGGUUCUCCAAGCACACCUGAGUCACCAAGUACUCCAGGAUCACCAAGCACACCUGAGUCACCUAGUACUCCAGGAUCACCAAGCACACCUGAGUCACCAAGUACUCCAGGAUCACCAAGCACACCUGAGUCACCAAGUACUCCAGGAUCACCAAGCACACCUGAGUCACCAAGUACUCCAGGAUCACCAAGCACACCUGAGUCACCAAGUACUCCAGGAUCACCAAGCACACCUGAGUCACCAAGUACUCCAGGAUCACCAAGCACACCUGAGUCACCAAGUACUCCAGGAUCACCAAGCACACCUGAGUCACCAAGUACUCCAGGAUCACCAAGCACACCUGAGUCACCAAGUACUCCAGGAUCACCAAGCACACCUGAGUCACCAAGUACUCCAGGAUCACCAAGCACACCUGAGUCACCAAGUACUCCUGGUUCCCCAAGCACACCAGAGUCACCAAGUACUCCAGGGUCACCCAGCACACCUGAGUCACCAAGUACUCCAGGAUCACCAAGUACACCAUGUCAGCUUGUAAUGCUGCCUGAUACAAAUGAUAACAAAGUAUCACUUAUACAAACCAGCUCUGCAAGUAGAAAUGCUCCUCCAGAAACCAUUACUCUUGCAAAUCCAAAAGGUGAAGAUGUGAAACGUGUCACUGUUUCAGAAGGCAAAUCAUAUAUUUUGGAGCCAACAGAUCAGGUACUUUGUAAAAACUUACUUUUUUAACAUUGCAACAUAUUUUAAGUUCAUAAUAAUUUGUAACAAAUUAUUAAAUAAUAUAGUUGCAUUGCAAUUUAAUGACAUAAUUCUUGUCUUAAAAGUUAAAACAUUUCAAUGAAAAAUGUGCUGACUAUUUUUUAACAUUUUGUUCCUUGUUUCAUAUUUUAGAAAAACCUAACACCAAAUUCUUUCAUUGUCUUCAAAUUUGGUAAGUUUCAUAAAACUUAUAUAAAAGUCAUAAUUUUAAUAUCUUUUUUUCAUUGCAUAAAUUUAUUUGUUUUGUUGUUUGUUUCUUUUGUUUCUUUAAAAUAAAUAUUAUCAUUUAUUUCCUAUUUCAAAUGUUUCAUAUAGUAAAUACUGGCUUAUUUUAUAAUCUGAUUGAAAUAUUUUGAACAGAUGAACCUGUAACAACAGCAAGACCAUUACCAGUGGAGGUACAGAGAACUCAAAGUCAGUAAAAUUUUAAAAUAUCUCUUUCCUUACAAUUUGGUACAUUCCCUAUAAUAUUUUCAUUAACUUUGAAUUCAAUGAACUUUAAAAAUGUAUCAGUUUAUAAAGCUGGUUUAUUUUCUCUUCUUUUUUUCUUUUUUUUGUCUUUUGUAGUGUUAGAAACUGUUUGUUUUUUUAACAUGCACUUUACUGUGUUCACAAUGAUAAUAACAUUUGAUUCAACAACUGUUGUUUUUUUCAAACUAUUUCCUAAAUCUUACAAAAGUAGUGAGGUAAUAUUGCUAUUUCCCUUCACGUCAAAUAUUUAAAAAUGAGAAACUUAUGUAAACUUAUGAGUUUUGUUUGUUUUUUUCUUGUAGAUCAAACUGGUGGAGAUGUCUAUGUAGUACCAGCAAUUGAUGAGAACAAGAAAGAUGUAACAUAUGUCAUAAUAAAACCUGAGAAUAUUAACAAUGUAAACCUUCCUGAAGGGGCAACUAUUUAUGAAAAAACGGUAAAGAUUUGUCCUGAGUUUAAAAUUUCACAGAGUUCCAAUGAAAAAGUUUGUUUAAAACAAGUCCUUUCUUAACGAUGUUGUUCUUAGCUUUUAAAAACAUGUUUUAAAUGAUUCUGAUGCAAACUUAAGACAUUAAUGUGUGUUAUAUCAAAUAUAAGAAAAAAUAACCAGAUCAGCAUGCAUCAUUGAGUUUAUAUUUCGUGUAAAAUAAAACAUUUUUUUAAAAAAAUAUUAACAGCCUCUUAAUUCUGGCGAGGACUUGAACCCAAGCCAAGGACCUUUGUUUGUUUUGACAAAUCCUGAUGUUAAAGUGAUAGUUCAGGUCUGCGCAGGUAAACAAAACAACUCACUUAAGUUAAAAUGAUUAUGAAUUUGUGUAACUAUUAUGUAUUUAAAAAAUGGAAAAUUUGGAACUGGUGUAAAAUAAUUCUCAAUGACAAAAAAUCAAUAUUUAAAUUCCUUUAUAGGAACACCAGCAUCACCAAGCACACCAGCUUCUCCAAGCACACCUGGAUCACCCAGCACACCUGAGUCUCCAAGUUCUCCUGGUUCUCCAAGCACACCUGAGUCACCAAGUACUCCAGGAUCACCAAGCACACCUGAGUCACCUAGUACUCCAGGAUCACCAAGCACUCCUGGAUCACCCAGCACACCGGAGUCUCCAAGUACUCCAGGAUCAACAAGCAC